GCAAACAAAACCAGUAUAAAAAUAGGCACCGAAGGUGUUUCUUUCAUUUAGCAGUUUGGAGUCUAAAGAAUUUUCUCAAGAUGGCAGCUUUUUCUUGGCUUGUACUUUGCCUUUGUGCUGCUGCAGCUUUUUGCAGUGAGCCCAUGGAAAAUUCAGGCAUGUUUGAAGGUGACAUGAUCCUUACUGAGGAACAGAAGCAAGAUUUCCUAUACGGUUCUCCCAACUACCAGAUUCCUCUUGCAGCAACAAAGACAAGCUUGUGGCCUACCACGAUACCAUACAGUAUGGAGUCUUCUAUUGCUUCGUCAUCAAGGGCUGUGUCAGCAAUCAACGCUGCGAUUGCAGACUAUCAAAACCUUACCUGUUUAAGAUUCGUGAAAAGAACCAACGAGCUUGGCUAUCUCCACUUUUACCAGGGAAGCGGAUGCUCUUCACCUGUUGGCUACUACCGCAGAGCAAACACAAUUUCAUUAGCUUCUGGAUGUUGGUACAAAGGCAUCGUUAUGCAUGAGAUUGCACACAGUCUAGGGUUUUACCACGAGCAAAGCAGGCCAGACAGAGAUAAUUACGUCACUAUCCUUUGGAACAACAUUGCCACUGGAAAGGAACACAACUUCAGAAAGCAGUCAUCCUCAAACAUUGACAGCAUGAACGUUCCCUAUGACUACGAAAGUGUUAUGCACUAUGGUAAAACUGCAUUUGGAUCUGGCAAGAUUACCAUUCAAACCAAAGAUGCCUCCAAGCAAAAUGUGAUUGGUAACAGACGAGGAUUCAGUCAGUACGAUGUCAAACAGAUGAACCUUCUCUAUUGCUCAGGUGGACGUCCCAGCACACAAAAACCAGUGCCUACAACAAGCAGCGACUGCAAGGACAAGUACAUCGGUAAUUGUACAAGAUGGGGAAAGGCUGGAUUAUGCACCAAAGACGGAUACAAAUCAUGGAUGGAAAAGAGCUGCAGAGAGACAUGUGGCCUUUGCGGAAAUGCAACAACCGCUGCUCCAACCAAGCCGGCAACAACUGCUUCAUCUUGCAGUGACAAGUACACUGGUUGUGUAAGAUGGGCACAGUCUGGAUUCUGUACAAAUAGCAGCUACAAACGAUUCAUGGAGAGAAAUUGCAAGAAAAGUUGUAACAAAUGCCCAGGUGCAACUACAGUGCCAUCAACAACCGUGCCAGCUUGCAGUGACAAGCACACUAGUUGUGUAAGAUGGGCACAGUCUGGAUUCUGUACAAAUAGCACCUACAAACGAUUUAUGGAGAGAAAUUGCAAGAAAAGUUGUAACAAAUGCCCAGGUGCAACUACAGUGCCAACAACAACCGUCCCAGCUUGCAGUGACAAGCACACUGGUUGUGUAAGAUGGGCAAAGUCUGGAUUCUGUACAAAUAGCACCUACAAACGAUUCAUGGAGAGAAAUUGCAAGAAAAGUUGUAACAAAUGCACAGGUGGACCAGUUACAACAGCUGUGCCCACGCAAGGACCAACCCAAGGACCAACUCAAGGUUCUUGUGGUAAACCAGAAGUAGCACAGAGCAGAGUGAUUGCUGGCAUAAAUGCAAACAAAGGAUCAUGGCCUUGGCAAAUCCUCAUGUUAUACAAUGGCAGGACAAUCUGUGGUGGAUCCAUAAUUGCUCCACAAUGGGUCGUUACUGCGGCUCACUGUGUAUCUGGCCGGGAGUCCAGUGCGCGCUACUUCAAAGUCAGAGUUGGAGAGCAUAUUACGUCAACAACAAGCGAUGGACAACACACCGAUAUGCAGGUUGAAAAAAUCAUUUCCCACCCAAGCUACUCAAGAAGCACAAUCAAUAACGAUAUUGCGUUGAUGAAACUCUCCUCGCCAAUUCAGUUUGGAAAAUACGUGAAGCCAGUAUGUUUGCCUGGACAAGACCAGAAUGUCCCAGUUGGAACUGAUUGUUUCAUCACAGGAUGGGGAAAAAUACAACAUCCUGGCAACAUGCACCACACUUUGCAGCAAGGAAAAAUGCCUGUUGUUUCCAACCAAGCAUGCACCAAUCUCAACACAAAGAACUUGGGACUUGGGAUCACUGACAAGAUGGUUUGUGCUGGUCAUGGAGGAACAACUCGUGUGAGUGGAUGCCAUGGUGACAGCGGUGGACCAUUUGUUUGCCAAACUGGAGCCAGUGGCUCUUGGGUUCUCCAUGGUGCUGUGAGCUGGGGAUCUGGACGCUGUGAUGCAACACAGGGCUACACUGUCUUUGCAAGAGUUGCCAAAUUCAGAAGCUGGAUCGAUCAACAGAUGUCAACAUAUUAAUUGACUGAAAUAGUUUGUUUAUGCAAUCAUAUUUUUUCUCAUUACAACUCGCUUAUGAGCA